UGGGUUGCUGGCAGUGACUGUGGUACCUCCCCAGCAGCCAUGGAGUACGUCAGCACACGGGGAGGCACGAGGGCCGUGGACUUCGAGGGAGCCCUUUUUUCUGGCUACGCCCCCGAUGGAGGCCUCUUCAUGCCCCAGAGCAUCCCCUCGCUGGACAGGGACACCCUGCAAAGGUGGAGCAGCUUCUCCUACCCUGAGCUGGUGAAGGAGCUGUGCUCCCUCUUCGUCCCGGCCAAGCUGGUCCCACGGAACGCGCUCGAUGAGCUGAUCGACAGGGCCUUCAGCAGAUUCAGACACAAGAAUGUUGUGCAUCUGUCCAGGCUGAAAGAUGGGCUGAACAUUUUGGAGCUCUGGCAUGGUGUUACAUAUGCAUUUAAGGACCUGUCCUUGUCCUGCACAGGACAGUUUUUACAGUAUUUCUUGGAGAAAAAGCAGAAGCAUGUCAAUAUUCUGGUGGGGACUUCAGGGGACACGGGGAGCUCGGCCAUUGAGAGCGUGAGAGGGCAGAAGAACGUGGACAUCUUUGUUCUGCUGCCCAAGGGGCUCUGCACCCAGAUACAGGAACUUCAGAUGACCACUGUCAUUGAAGACAACGUCCACGUCUUUGCUGCUCGUGGGAACAGCGAUGAAAUCGAUGAGCCGAUCAAGGAGCUGUUUGCUGAUGUCAGUUUUGCUGGAAAAUACAACCUCAUGAGCUUGAAUUCUGUCAAUUGGUCCAGGAUUAUGGUGCAGAUUGCUCACUACUUCUAUGCUUACUUUCAAUGCGUCCCAUCCCUGGAUGCCAGCCCACUGCCAAUGGUGGAAAUUGUUGUGCCAACAGGAGGAGGAGGAAAUAUCACGGCUGGUUGUAUUGCCCAGAAAAUGGGUCUCCCAAUUCGACUUAUUACUGCGGUGAACAGCAAUGACAUCAUUCAUAGAGCUGUUCAAAAUGGAGAUUUCUCACUUGCAGAGACUGUGAAGGCUACAUUAGCAUCAGCCAUGGAUAUCCAGGAGCCUUACAAUAUGGAGAGGAUCCUCUGGCUGCUCUCGGGCUGUGACAGCCACCUGAUAAAAACUCUUAUGGAGCAAUUCAACAUCUCAAAAAGGCUGAAGCUGCCAGAGGAUUUGCACAGAAAGCUCUCUGGGACCCUGGGAUCGUGCUCAGCCUCUGACCAGGACAUUGUGGGAGCCAUGUGGCGCUGCUGGGAGGAGAACCAGUAUCUGCUGUGCCCCCACUCUGCUGUGGCUGCUCACUACCACUACUCACAGCCACACAGCAUCCCCCGGUGUUGCUUGGCUCCAGCUUCUGCAGCCAAAUUUCAGGAUGCCCUUCUCCGAGCUGGCCUGGUUCCCCAGAUCCCCCCUGAAAUCACUGCCCUGACAGCAAUGGAGACCAGGUCCACUCCCCUGGAGCGGGGACAGGACUGGGCACAGGUGCUCCGGGGCCAGAUUGAAGCUGUGGCACAGCGGUGGGAGGCACAGGUGGGUCAGUCUGCACACCAGGGCAGGGGGGGAUCACUGGGCAGGUAG